AUGUCGCAGUGCAGUCCCCCCGCGCCUGCAUGUCGCAGUGCAGUCCUCCCGCGCCUGUGUCGCAGUGCAGUCCCCCCGCGCCUGCCUGUCGCAGUGCAGUCCUCCCGCACCUGCGUGUCGCAGUGCAGUCCUCCCGCGCCUGCGUGUCGCAAUGCAGUCCUCCCGCGCCUGCGUGUCGCAGUGCAGUCCCCCCGCGCCUGCGUGUCGCAGUCCAGUUCCACAGCGCCUGCGUGUCGCAGUGCAGUCCCGCCGCGCCUGCGUGUCGCAGUGCAGUCCCCCCGCGCCUGCGUGUCGCAGUGCAGUCCCCCAGGACCCGCGUGUCGCAGUGCAGUCCCCCCGCGCCCGCAUGUCGCAGUGCUGUGCCCCCGCGUGUCGCGGUGCUGCGCCCCCACGCUCGCGUGUCGCAGUGCUGUUCCCCCUGUGCCUGCGUGUCGCUGUGCAGUCCUCACGCGCCUGCGUGUCGCUGUGCAGUCCCCCCGCGCCCGCGUUUCGCAGUGCAGUCCCCCCGCGCCCGUGUGUCGCAGUGCAGUCCCCGCAUGUCGCAGUGCUGUGCCCCCGCGUGUCGCGGUGCUGCGCCCCCGCGCUCGUGUGUCUCAGUGCUGUUCCCCCUGUGCCUGCGUGUCGCAGUGCUGUGCCUCCGCGCUUUCGUGUCGCAGUGCAGUCCCCCUGAUGCAUGCACUAGUGCAGUUCCCCCGCGCCUGCAUGUCGCAAUGCUGUGCCCCCGCGCCUGCGUGUCGCAGUGCUGUCCCCCUGCGCCUGCGUGUCGCAGUGCAGUCCCCCUGCGCCUGCGUGUCGCAGUGCAGUCCCCCCGAGCCUGCGUGUCACAGUGCAGUCCCCUCGCGCCUGCAUGUCACAGUGCAAUCCCCUGCGCCUGCCUGUCUGCAGUUCCCCUGCGCCUGCGUGUCGCGGUCCAGUCCCCCCGUGCAUGCGUGUCGCAGUCCAGUCCCCCCGCGCCUGCGUGUCGCAGUGCAGUCCCCCCGCGCCUGCGUGUCGCAGUGCAGUCCCCCCGCGCUCGCGUGUCGCAGUGCAGUCCCGCCGCGCCUGCGUGUCGCAGUGCAGUCCCGCCGCGCCUGCGUGUCGCAGUGCAGUCCCGCCGCGCCUGCGUGUAGCAGUGCAGUCACCCCGCGCCUGCGUGUCACAGUGCAGUCCCCCCGAGCCUGCGUGUCGCCGUGCAAACCCCUCGCGCCUGCGUGUCGCAGUGCAGUCCCGCCGCGCCUGCGUGUCGCAGUGCAGUCCCCCCGCGCCUGCGUGUCGCAGUGCAGUCCCCCCGCGCUCGCGUGUCGCAGUGCAGUCCCGCCGCGCCUGCGUGUCGCAGUGCAGUCCCGCCACGCCUGCGUGUCGCAGUGCAGUCCCGCCGCGCCUGCGUGUCGCAGUGCAGUCACCCCGCGCCUGCGUGUCACAGUGCAGUCCCCCCGAGCCUGCGUGUCGCAGUGUUGUGCCCCCGCGCCUGCGUGUCGCAAUGCAGUCCCUCGCGCCUGCGUGUCACAGUGCUGUGCCCCCCUGUCUGCGUAUAGCAGUGCAGUCCCCCCGCGCCUGCGUGUUGCCGUGUAG